CUGCAGGAGCUUGGCCGCUUCUGGAAGCAAUGCUGUUGGUGGAACUUUAAUUUUCUUAUUUGUCACCGAUUUCUUGGAUCCGCCCCCACGGGUGCCUGAAUGGCCUCCCGCCCUAGCUGAUGCGGCUGUUCCGCCUGAGGAUUCUUCCUCCCUCGUAAGAGGUCCCUGCUCUUGACGUCCUCCCCUUCCCUAGGACAGCGGGGGCGAGGCCCCCCCAUGCCAGCUUCCCCCACGGCGCUGCACCCCACCGAACGCUGUCCCCCGGGGCCUCCCCCGGGACGCCUGGGCCCCGCCCCUUCGGAGCAUUGCUCCACCUCUGCCGCGCCACCCGCGGCCCAGGCGCCGCCCCCUGCCGGCAGAGCCAUGAAGCUGCAGGCAGUGAUGGAGAACCUGCAGCGCCAGCAGCGGGCCCGGUUGCAACAGGAGAUGGAAGCGCGGCAGCAGCAGCAGGACCAGAUGCGGACAGCCCUUCCGGCAACGGGCCAGGGCCCCGCCCUGCCGGGCACAGGGGCUUCGACCAUGUCCCGCGGCCCCAGUCAGGAGCCUCCGCCUUCGGAGGAGGCGGGAGAGCUGGAGAGCGUCCGGAUACAGAGGGCGCAGAUGGCGGCGCUGGCGGCGAUGCGGGCGGCAGCCGCUGGCCUCAGCCAGUCUUCCAGUCCGGUGGCCUCGGAGGACAGCCGGUCCUCUGAAGGGGAGGAAGAAGAGGAGCGUGGCGAGGAAGAAGAGGAUGGAGAGUACCCUCGGGAAAUGGGCUCUGAGGAAGAAGAGGAGGUGAAAGGCAAGUGGGUCGAGGACGAUUUUGAGGAAGACCUGGGAGAGGAGGAGGAAGAAGAGGAAGAGGAGGAGGAGGAGGAAGAUUACGAAGAGGAUGAAGAAAUGGCGGAGGAAGGCCUCUGCUCCGGAGAAGCGGCCCGCUCCAACCCGGGCGCCGUGCUACUCCGGAAACAGCAGCCCCCGCAACAGUACCGGGGGGAGGCUUCGAGGCUGGCGGGGGCCCAGGAGCGGCUGGCGUCCGGGACUGCCCACCUGGGCCACGCCCAGCUGCCGACCCAAGCCCUGGAUCACGGAGACUGGACUUACGAGGAACAGUUUAAGCAACUAUAUGAACUUGACGGGGACCCCAAGAGGAAAGAGUUCCUGGACGACCUCUUCAGCUUCAUGCAGAAGCGAGGGACCCCUGUGAACCGCAUUCCGAUCAUGGCCAAGCAGGUGCUGGACCUCUACAUGCUCUAUGUCCUGGUGACCGAGAAGGGCGGCCUGGUGGAGGUGAUCAACAAGAAGCUCUGGCGGGAGAUCACCAAGGGCUUGAACCUGCCCACCUCCAUCACCAGCGCCGCCUUCACUCUCCGCACCCAGUAUAUGAAGUACUUAUACCCUUACGAGUGUGAGAAGCGGGGCUUGAGCAACCCCAACGAGCUUCAGGCCGCCAUCGACAGCAACCGGCGCGAGGGGCGGCGCCAGGGCUUCUGCGGUUCCAUCUUCACCUACUCCCCGAGCGGCACCCCGGGCAUGCUCUCCUCCCCCAAGCUUCAAGUUCCCGCCCUGGGGAUGGCCUCGGCGACCAACGGCAGCCCCGUCGCCCCCGUUGCAAAAAUCAAGAAGGAAGAAGACUCUUCCAUCCCAAUCGCCGUACCCAGCCGUCUCCCCGUCUCCCUCGCAGGCCACCCUGUCGUGGCAGCCCAGGCUGCAGCGGUCCAAGCGGCGGCGGCCCAGGCCGCAGUGGCCGCCCAAGCGGCUGCGCUGGAGCAGCUGCGGGAGAAGCUGGAGGCGGGGGAGCCCCCGGAGAAGAAGAUGGCGCUCACCUCGGACGAGCAGCAGCGGCUGAUGCAGCGGGCAAUCCAGCAGAACCUCCUGGCCAUGACAGCCCAGCUGCCCAUGAGCAUCCGGAUCAACAGCCGAGGGACUCGCUCGCCAGAAAACCGCCAAGGUUCUGCCACAAGCCUGGCCCCCAACGGCACCAACAGCAUCAGCAUGUCCGUCGAGAUCAACGGCAUCGUUUAUACAGGUGUGUUGUUUGCGCAGACCCCUGGCACAGCGUCCUCUUCCGUCAGCAAAGGGAACACCAACAGCGGGCAGAGCGCCGCCGGCGGGAGCACAGGUGGCCGGAGCAGCGGAGUAGCGGCGGCUCCUCAGGUCGGCUCGGCCGCUCCUCCGACAUCUACCUCAACCAACUCCUCUUCGCCUUAAAGCCCGACAAACCUUCUUCUCUCCAUCCCGCCAAAGCAUAGGCCCGGGUCAGACGAUAUACCCCCCCCCUUACUUGCUUGCCGUACUUUGGAGGGGGCGGUGCCUACUUCCCUCCACCGCCCCUUCCCACACAUCCUCAAGAUGGAGGUGUGUUUGAAUAGGGUGCACCCACGCAACGGUCCGUCGGUGUAGGCCCAGAACUGUGGCCCGUGCAACUGAGCUCACGCGUUCGGGCUUCCACACACUGAACGUUGCGGCGCUAAUCAAACGUGCCUUCCUCAAGCGGACGUCCAGAGAUGUCAGCCAGCUCAGGAAGCUAUAAUCCCGCACCCCGGUUGUGUGUCGGGCGCAGUGAGUAAAGGGCAGUAUCGUCUGCACCGGGCCAAAGGAAGAUCAAACUCGCUUCCUCUAUAGCUGACACCAAAUACAAACCAAA